GCGCGCGGCGGCGGUGGCAGCGGCAGCGGCGGGGGUGGCAGCGCGCGGCCGCCCCGCAGGGCCGCGGCAUGGGACGGGUGCAGCUCUUCGAGGUCCGCCUGAGCCACGGCCGCGUCGUCUACAGCCCGGGGGAGCCGCUGGCGGGGGCCGUGCGCGUGCGCCUGGCGGCGCCGCUGCCCUUCCGAGCUAUCCGGGUGACCUGCACGGGGUCCUGCAAGGUCUCCAACAAGGCCAAUGACACAGCGUGGGUGGUGGAGGAAGGCUACUUCAACAGCGCUCUGUCCCUGGCCGACAAGGGGAGCCUGCCUGCUGGAGAGCACAGCUUCCCCUUCCAGUUCCUGCUUCCUGCCACAGCUCCCACGUCCUUUGAGGGCCCUUUUGGGAAGAUUGUGCACCAGGUACGGGCCACCAUCGACACACCACGUUUUUCCAAGGAUCACCAGUGCAGCCGCGUGUUCUACAUCUUGAGCCCCCUGAACCUGAAUAGCAUCCCAGACAUCGAGCAACCCAAUGUGGCCUCCACCACCAAGAAGUUCUCCUACAAGCUGGUGAAGACAGGCAGCGUAGUCCUCACCGCCAGCACCGACCUCCGAGGCUACGUGGUGGGGCAGGUGCUGCGGCUGCAGGCUGACAUUGAGAACCAGUCAGGCAAGGACACCAGCCCUGUGGUGGCCAGUCUGCUGCAGAAAGUGUCCUACAAGGCCAAGCGCUGGAUUUAUGACGUGCGGACCAUCGCCGAGGUGGAGGGGGCCGGCGUCAAGGCCUGGAGGCGGGCUCAGUGGCAAGAGCAGAUCCUGGUGCCUGCCCUGCCCCAGUCUGCCCUGCCGGGCUGCAGCCUCAUCCACGUGGAUUACUACCUGCAGGUCUCCCUGAAGACGCCGGAAGCCAUCGUGACCCUCCCGGUCUUCAUCGGCAACAUCGCUGUGAACCAUGUCCCACUGAGCCCCCAGCCAGGCCAAGGCCUGGUGGUGCCCUCAGCGCCACCCCAGGAGGAGGCGGAGGCUGUGGCUGGUGGCCCCCACUUCUUCUCGGACCCUGUCUCCCUCUCCACCAAGAGCCACUCACAGCAGCAGCAGCCGCCUGUAGCCCUCGGCUCUGUGCCUGGCGCCCCUGAACCCCAUCCUCAGGAUGGCAGCCCUGCCCCCCACCCGUUGCCCCCUCCCUUGUGCAUCUCCACAGGUGCCACCGUGCCCUACUUUGCAGAGGGUUCUGGAGGGCCGGUGCCCACGACCAGUACCUUGAUCCUCCCCCCUGAGUAUAGCUCGUGGGGCUACCCCUAUGAGGCCCCGCCAUCCUAUGAGCAGAGCUGUGGUGGUGUGGACCCUGGCCUGACCCCAGGGAGCUGACCCCAUGUUGCCUUCUCCGGACGGACGGACCUAUGCCCUGGGACUAGGCUCCCAGGGCCUCGUGCCUUUGCUCCCGGCCUGGCCCGGCCCACUCAGGACCCGCCGCUGCCCGCCGUUCCUUGCGGCCUCUGCCUCCGGACCAGCCUCUGCCCUGACCAGCCUCUGCAGCCCCCCUGUAGUCGGCCUCUCCCCGGGGGUUGGGGCCUAGAGAGACUUGGUGUAAAUAAAACGCUUCAUUUGUA